CAACCCGCCGCCCAUAGCGCUGCCUGCCCACCGUGCUGCCUUGCCUGGGCGACGGAUGAGAGCCGCCGAGGAGAGGAGCCGAGAUCAUUCGGCAAUCCUACUGCUGGUGCUGGUUCCGCCCUUGCCUGCAGAGCAGAGACCAUGAGUGUUGUUUCGACGUCGUGAGGGGACUUUCGGACGUCCGGAGGUCUGCCGCAGGAUGAGCAGGCACCUCGGAAAUCGCAAGGUCGCUCGCAGCCGCCUCUUGACCCUCUUCUAAGGCCAGCGAAGCCAAAGAAGUUAGCAAAACCUAAGUUAUCCACGAGGCGGAUAAAUACAAAGCAGGAUGUCUGGGAGUGGCGGCGCCGACCGGAAAAGCAAGAAGGGCAACAGGGCGCAGGUCUGGGAGGAGGCGGGCGGAGAGUUUUACCAGGAGAGCUACCCUGGGGCGACGACCUCCACCUCCAACGAGAAUGCAGACACGGCUGACGCUGCUGCUCACAGGGACGCAGCAGCACACCUGGCCACCAUGCUGCCCAGCAAGCAAGCGCAGCACACAAUGGGAAAAGCAACUACGCGACGGUCUCGAAAUGAGGGCAAACAAUCUACAAGAAAACGCACAGGAAACAGAUCUCGUUUUAACACAGUGAGGAGGGAGUCUAAUAUAAAUGACGUUCAUGUGUCCGUUCUGCCAGAUUUUGCAGUUGAAAAUAUUCCAAAUGAGGAGCGCACAUGGGAGGAAAUCAUGCAGAUUAAAGCGAUGCCCGUGAACAUGGCACAGAAACGGGAACUGAAAGCAAAGUUAAAGAGUGCAACCAAGUUGCGGCUACAGGGUUUUGAGCAGCUCAAAUGGCAGAGGAGGAAGUUUUGGCAGCGGUGCAAGAGCAACUGGAAGGAGUUCUACACAAAGUUGGAGCUGUGGCAGGGCAGCCUGAAGACGAUUGAGGGGAACUUCGGCAUCGGGGUCGUCUCCUAUUUUCUGUUCGUCAAGUGGCUCAUGUUUUUGAACAUCAUCAUCUUCGCGCUGACCUUCUUCCUGAUCGUGUUGCCGUCUGCGAUUCUGGAGCCGGGCCAGCUGGGGCAGUGUGAUCCGGCCGCUGAGGACGAGAACAACACGUCGAUCGCGUGCUGCGCCGAUAAGUACCAGGAAUACACGUCAAGCAACAACAAUUUCUUCUACGACCUCGUGCAGGGCACAGGCUGGAUGGAGAAGACGCUGCUCUUCUACGGCUAUUACACCAACGAUAUCUACACACUGAACAAGGAGUACAAACUGUUCUACGACCUGCCGUUCGCCUACCUGGUGACGGCGCUGCUCUACUUCCUCGUCAGCCUGAUCGCGAUCGUCAAGUCGGCGGCGCGCGGCUUCCGCGAGCGCAUCAUCGAGGGCGAAGGCCAGUUCUACCAGUACUGCAACCUGAUCUUCGGUGGCUGGGACUUUUGCAUCGACAAGCUAAAAGGCGCCGAGAACAAGCACAAGGCCAUCUACAACGAAAUCAAGGGCUGUCUUGAGGCCGAGCGGCUCGAGACGGAGAAGCAGAACCGCUCGAAGAAGGAGAAGUGCCAGCUGCUCUUCUCGCGUUCCAUGGUCAACACGGGCAUCAUCGUGCUGCUGCUCGUCUCCAUGGUGACCAUCUACUUGGUGUUCACGCUGUCGCGGAGCCUGCUGCGCGAAUACCAAAAAGCAGAGAAGCACUUUCUUCUCUUCUUCGAGUUCAUGCCGUCCCUGAUGAUCGUCAGCCUGAACUUGCUGCUGCCGCUGCUCUUCUCCUUCCUGGUCACCUUCGAGCGCUACAGCCCCAUCGUGGUCGUGCGCAUCACCCUGCUGCGCACCAUCUUCCUGCGGCUGUCCUCGUUGGGUGUGCUCGGCGCCUCAAUCUACCGGUUGGUGUCAUGCGACCGUAAGAACGGCUGCAACUGCGAGGAGGAGGUGCCGCUCUGCUGGGAGACAUAUGUCGGCCAGCAGUUCUACAAGCUGGCCGUGACCAACGCCCUCACAGGCAUCGCGGUCACCUUCUUCGUCAACUUCCCCAGGGCAAUGCUGGCCAAGCACUUUGAAAACUGCCGCUUCCUCAAGUUCAUCGGCGAGCAGCAGUUCGAGCUGCCAAACCAUGUGCUCGACGUUGUCUACAGCCAGACGCUCUGCUGGAUCGGCAGCUUCUAUUCGCCCUUGCUGCCGGCCUUUGCCGUCAUCCACUGCUUUCUCACUUUCUACGUGAAAAAGUUCGCCUGCCUCAUCAACAGCAGACCACCGUCGCAGGUUUACAGGACAUCGCGGUCCAACUACAUGUUCAUGGCGGUGCUGCUGAUUUCUUUCGUGGCGGCGGCGAUCGCGGUGGGCUACUCGUUGGCCGAGGUGAAGCCGUCGCGCGCGUGCGGCCCCUUCAAAGGCGACGAACCCGUGUGGAACACCGUGAAGCUGUCGUUCGCCAAGCUGCCGUCGUGGAUCCAGGGGUUCGCCUUCUUCCUCGGCACGGCCGGCUUCACGAUGCCGACCAUUGUGAUCCUUCUGUUGGCCCUGUACUACUACAACGCGGUCACCGCCGCCAACAGGCAGAUGGUGCUGGUGCUGCGUCGGCAACUCGUGCUUGAGGGCCACGACAAGCAGUUCCUGCUCAGUCGGCUCAGCACCAUCAUCAAGCAGCAGCAGCAGGAGAGGCUCAAGAACGCUAUCCCACCACCACCCUCAGAGUUUGACACUCUGCUCCCACCGCCGCCCCCAGAAGUCAUGAAUAGCAGUUGAAAAUGCCAAAGAGAUGAUGUUUUGUUUUAUGAAUGAUGAACGAGUGCAGAUGCACUUACCUCACUCACACGCGGACACACAAGUUAACACAGUGUUUAUCAGAGAAGCUGUAGAGAGAGCGUAGUAGGGGAAUCUUCUUAAAUUUGUCGUCCAUACUGACGUCUUAUGAUUUGAACAAUUCUUUAUGAGAUAAAAAGCGUUUUUGGACGGAUUUUUAAGAUGCUUAAAAUUUUAGCUGAAAGUAUUAAGUGAGAGGAUAAUAUGGGAGUCAGAGGUUGAAAACUGUUGAUCUGUAUUUAUGUAUUUAAAAAUCUCGAAAAUUAGUGUGCAAACUGAAAAGAUAGACUAUUUUAACCUCUCGCGCAGUAAUUUCAAGAUUUGGUUUUAGCUUAAAUUUUGAAAUUUUAAAAAUCCGUCUAACCGCUACUCAAACUCUCGUGGAAUUUUUGUCUGAAUCUCUCGUUUUGACAGAUCAGUUAAAACUAUUUGUUAUGUGAUCUUUCUGUUACUGAUAAAAUAGUCGAACAAACCGUUAAAUUUGUACUGCAAAUCUAGUCGCAUCAAUACCAGUUAAUUGAAUGCAUACGCGCCAAAAUCAGUGCAAUAGCGAGUUAAAUAUAUUUAUUGUGUACACAAUUAUUGCAUCUCUAGGUGAUAUAUUAUCACGUAAAAUUUGUAGUCCUUACUAACGCUGAUCAUAGUGCACGAACGUCGGCUGACCAGUGAUCUGUAAUUUGUGUUAUUUGUCACACAUUUUAUAUAUGACAAGGCGUAGAUGCGCGUAUCUAUGCCAAUUUUGCAUGUGUAUCUCAUGACGUAAUUAUAUUCAUCUCAGUCGCGCAAAUUAUCGUAUUGCUGUUAAUUUAAGUGCAUCACACCAUCGCAAUCUCAACUUGAAAUUGUCAUGUCUCAGUGUCACAGAAAAUCUGAAUUAAUUUGACGAAAAACUAGUGAAUACAACAUCAACUUUCCAAUCAUAAUUAAACAAUAAAGGAUUUAAUACGAUUAUACACAAACA